CUCAAUAAAUAGGACUUCAUUGGCCUCCCCGUAUCCUGAAACAAGCUCCCUUCCCUCUCCUCUCUGUCUUCUAUACAAUGGCGGAAUCGAUUGAGUUACCGAAUCGACUCGCGAUUCUUCCCUUCAAGAACAAGGUCUUGUUGCCCGGUGCUAUCAUCCGAAUCCGAUGCACUUCUCCCAGCAGUGUGAAAUUGGUGGAGCAAGAGCUGUGGCAGAGAGAAGAGAAUGGUUUGAUCGGCGUCCUUCCCGUUCGGGAUUCCAAUUCUACAUUGGAAGAAGGGAAGAAGCUCUCUGUUUUUGAAGGCGUGGCGAGUGAUGCCGGGGAGGAAAGUCCGAAAGUUCCGUUUGCUGCGUCAGAUUCUCACAAGCAGAAGGAUCAGCAGGAGCCGAUUCAUUGGCAUAUGAGGGGAGUUGCUGCUAGAGCUUUACAUCUCUCCAGAGGCGUGGAGAAACCGAGUGGGAGGGUCACAUACACAGUUGUUCUUGAAGGUAUAUGCAGAUUCAAUGUUCAGGAACUUAGUGCAAGAGGAACAUAUCACACUGCACGUAUAUCACGUCUUGACAUGACAAAGAAUGAGAUGGAGCAAGCAGAACAAGACCCAGAUCUUAUAGCACUCUCACGCAAAUUUAAAGUUACUGCCAUGGAGCUGAUCUCCGUUCUUGAGCAGAAACAGAAAACUGUCAGUAAGACGAAAGUUCUUCUUGAGACAGUCCCCGUACACAGGCUGGCUGAUAUAUUUGUUGCGAGCUUUGAGAUAAGCUUUGAGGAGCAGCUAUGCAUGCUGGAUUCAGUUGAUUUGAAACUAAGGCUUUCAAAAGCUACUGAGUUAGUUGACAGACAUUUACAGUCAAUUCGAGUAGCAGAGAAGAUAACUCAAAAGGUGGAGGGACAGUUGUCAAAAUCUCAGAAAGAAUUUCUCCUGCGCCAGCAGAUGAGAGCAAUAAAAGAGGAGCUUGGUGACAACGAUGAUGACGAGGAUGAUGUUGCUGCUUUGGAAAGGAAGAUGCAAAGCGCAGGAAUGCCACCAAAUAUUUGGAAGCAUGCACUGAGAGAAUUACGGCAACUAAGAAAAAUGCAACCUCAGCAACCUGGAUAUAGUAGUUCACGUGUAUACCUGGAGCAUCUUGCUGAUCUACCAUGGCAAAAGGCCAGUGAGGAGCGCGAACUGGAUCUGAGAGCUGCUAGGGAGCGUCUUGACAGUGACCACUAUGGUUUAGUCAAAGUUAAGCAGCGGAUAAUUGAAUAUCUAGCUGUUCGUAAGCUUAAACCAGAUGCAAGGGGCCCAGUGUUGUGCUUUGUUGGCCCACCAGGUGUUGGAAAGACAUCUUUGGCAUCAUCCAUUGCUGCUGCCUUGGACAGAAAAUUUAUACGUAUUUCUCUUGGGGGAGUCAAGGAUGAGGCUGAUAUUCGAGGGCAUCGAAGGACUUAUGUUGGCAGCAUGCCAGGGCGUCUUAUUGAAGGAUUAAAGAGAGUAGGUGUUUGCAACCCAGUCAUGCUUCUAGAUGAGGUUGACAAAACUGGUUCCGACACUCGUGGAGAUCCAGCUUCAGCUCUACUGGAGGUUCUUGACCCAGAGCAGAACAAAUCGUUCAAUGAUCAUUAUUUGAAUGUCCCAUUUGACCUUUCAAAGGUUAUUUUUGUUGCCACUGCAAAUAGAAUGCAGCCUAUUCCUCCACCCCUUAGAGACCGAAUGGAAGUCAUUGAGCUUCCUGGUUAUACACCUGAAGAGAAGCUAAGAAUAGCAAUGCGGCAUUUAAUACCACGGGUUUUGGAUCAACAUGGAUUGAGCUCUGAAUUCCUUCAAAUUCCUGAGGAUAUGGUGAAGCUUGUGAUUCAGAGAUAUACUAGAGAAGCUGGUGUGCGAAAUCUAGAGAGAAACUUAGCUGCCCUGGCUCGUGCAGCUGCUGUCAAAGCUGCUGAGCAAGAAUGUGCAGUUCCAGUCAGCAAAGAUGUAUACCCGAUGGCAGAAUCACUUCUCGAUACAAGACUUGCAGAUGGUGCUGAAGUUGAAAUGGAAGUAAUUCCAAUGGGUGUUAACGGACAUGAAAUAUCAAAUGCUCUUAGGAGUACCCCAGCAUUGGUUGUAGAUGAGGCUAUGCUGGAAAAGAUACUGGGGCCUCCUAGGUUUGAUGAUGGAGAAACUGCAGAACGUGUGGCAACUCCUGGAGUAUCAGUUGGGCUUGUCUGGACCUCCUUUGGUGGAGACGUCCAGUUCGUUGAGGCCACAUCAAUGGUGGGAAAGGGUGAUUUGCAUCUCACUGGCCAACUUGGUGAUGUUAUCAAAGAAUCUGCUCAAAUAGCUCUAACAUGGGUAAGGGCAAGAGCAGCAGAUCUUAAGUUUUCAGCUGCUGGGGAAAUCAAUUUGCUUGAGAAUCAGGAUAUUCAUAUACAUUUUCCAGCAGGAGCUGUACCUAAGGAUGGACCCUCAGCAGGAGUCACUUUGGUAACAUCUUUAGUUUCUCUGUUUAGUCAAAGAAGAGUUCGAGCAGAUACAGCAAUGACUGGAGAAAUGACUCUAAGGGGUCUCGUGUUACCUGUUGGAGGUGUCAAGGAUAAGAUACUGGCUGCCCACCGUUAUGGUAUUAAAAGAGUUAUACUGCCAGAGAGGAACUUAAAAGACUUGGUGGAAGUACCACCGGCUGUUCUUAACGGCAUGGAGGUAUUGCCCGCAAAGAGAAUUGAAGAUGUGUUGGAACAAGCUUUUGAAGGUGGAUGCCCUUGGAGGCAGCAUGCGAGGUUAUAGUGAAAUCCAUGUUUUUAUGUCUAACAGAUCUAACGAGGUGGGACCACACCACGAGCUUCACCGGCAUUUAGAGGUUUCCAGUCCCAUAAAUACAGAAAUUUGACUUUGGCCAAAAUGCCCAUUUCUUCCAUUAGUCAUUGAAGUUGUAUUACGACGGGUAGAUAUGCGGGAAACAAUCAAACUGAAGCUCUCAUCCGGGCAGAGAGCAUCAGUCAUGCCCAUGCAUUUGUAUCUCUCCCAACACCAUUGUUUUAUCUGAUUUUUCUACGCGCACCAAAUUGUAUUAUAUGAACAGAGCUAAUGGUUCUCCAUUGCAUCUUCUUUUUAUUCACAUCAGAUUAGCAAAGUAUAUAAUGUAUAAAUAUUUUGAAUGAAAUGAUAUUUAGUUAUUUUCA